AUGACUGCUUCAACUAGUCUUGAUAUUGUUCAUAAAGUACCAACACAUCCACGCAUUCUUAUUCAACCGGAUUGGUCGGUUAACGUAAAGUUGAACACGUUGCCUGCGGACGUUUGGCUGGAAUUCAAAUCAGGCAACGCUAGUAUAUCGCGAUUAACACAAAAUGUUCAUGGAGUUUGUUCGAUUAAAGCAUUGACCGAUGACAAUGCGAAAUCAUACAAAACUUCAGCAAGUGAUAACUUUCAAUCGACAGAUAUUGAUCGAAAACAACAACAAUUACGAAUUAAAAUUCGCGAUACAAAUUUUAGCCAUACGUUUCAAGGCAAACUAUAUAAUGGUCCAACCAAAUCCUUUUCGACUACUGGAAAGCCCGAAGAUGCCGAGGGACAUGCUAUUCAAGACCCAUUAAUUAAUGUACCUGAACGUCGUCAAAAUCAAACGCAUUUAUCUGCUCACCCUCACUGGUGUGAUAUCAGUUCCGGUGGCGUUGGCUUAACAGCAUUAAGCAAUGGAAACGUUACCAUUUGGGAUAUUGAAAAUGGUGAAGUACGACGUAAACUCAAAGGGCACGUCGAAGAUGUCUAUACCAGUCGAUUCUUUCCUUCAGAUUUGGCUGUCGUUUCCGGCGGGGCUGACAUGCGUGUGAAAGUCUGGUCGAUUGAUAGUGAUAAUAAUCAAAUUCGUGAUACGACAUUGACUGGCCACCGUUCGCGUAUUAACGAUGUUCUUGCACUGGAUAAGCAACGCGUUCUUAGUGCAUCGAACGAUGGUUCGGUUCUUCUAUGGGAUAUCACCAAAAACGAACAGAUUAGUAAAGUAACUCAACUGGAUAAUGAUAGUGUGAAUAGUAUCAGUUUAACUGAUUCGGCAACAUUAGCAUGUGCUUGUAAUGAUGGAACAAUUCGUUUUUACAAUCUAAGUAACAAAGAAAUAGGCAAUGAACUCAAAGUUGGAUCACCAAUUAGUACACUCUGUUAUUUAAAUGAUUCGAAUCAAUUAGUUUACGGUACGGAACAUUCUAUUCUUGGUUUUUAUGAUCUUCGACAAAUGAAUGGAACUCCAGUUCAUGCCUGGAAAGAGCAACGAGGAAAAAUCACUUGCGUCGUUCCGAGCCAUGACCAAGGAGGAAUUCUUGUGACAACCACUGAUGGCAGUUGCUUCGAAUAUAACAAAAACGAAUUGCAAACCAUGUCGGAUAUCCUGCAACAACAUGUUUGUGAUUAUACAGGCGCUGAUGAGGCUGUUCUAAAUAGUAAAGUAUUCAAUAAUCGAAUUUAUUCUAUUUGCCACGAUGGUCUCGUCCGUGUUUAUGACAGACAAGAAGAAACAAAAUAA